AUGGGGAGCGUUAUCGACGACCUGCUAGCCCUUGCGGCAGCCACACCACUCUCGGCCACCGAAAAAGAAGAAUUCGAGAUUCUAAACGACACCGCGCCUUAUGUUCGUCCGAAAACCCGUUCGCAAACCCGCGCUGUCCGACCAUCGUUGAAGAUCAGACUCCCCGUCCCCGCGGCCCUUGUUGUCAAAAAGUGCCAGAACAAAAAGCGUAAACCCAACUUCACCAUCUUCGCCGACGAAGACACAGAAAACCAAGUCGCAUCAGCCAUCUCCACGCCUAAAAAGUCGCGGACAAGUACUCCGCGUACCCCCCUGAGCGAGCGAACCGCCUCCACAAACUCCACUCCCGCACCGUCCCCCCGCUCCUCUUCAACCCCCUUCUCCUUGUCUCCCUUCGACCCCUACUGGGAGGACAUCGAAAACUACCCUCCAUACACUACCCCUGUGACUCCCCCCGUAAUACCUCCUCCUGCAACAACCAUCCCCGUCUCCCCUCCACCCUCUCGCUCCUCCUCAACCCGCACCCGCACCCGCAACCUAAACUCCCGCCCCCCUCCUCCUUCCACGCCAUCCCGCCUCAACCCCCCAAUAAACUCACUUCUCUACACCACUCUCGGCCUCUCCGACUGGCGCGCCACCCCCUCCACAAUCAAGAAAUCCUACCGCCGCAUGGCGCGUACACUGCACCCGGACAAGGCGUCCUCGGAGGAAGACAAGGGGGCUGCGAAUCUGGCGAUGCAGCAGCUUAAUGCUGCGAGGGAUGUGUUGGUGGAUACGGAGGCGAGGAGGGAGUAUCAUAGGACGGGGAUUGUGCCUUGGAUUGUUUGA